UUCUAAAUAACGACUUCUUGUUCUAGUCUUUUAAGUCUUUGUACAUAAAAUAAUUUUGUCAAUGGAAGAAGGAGAAAAAAGAAAACAGGAUGACAACGACGUCGUUUCAAAAUCCGCAAUGAAGAAGCCGAAAGAAGAAACGGAGUUAAAAGAGGUAGAGGAAGAGGAAGUGGAAGAAUUCUUUGCUAUUUUACGACGAAUACAAAUUGCCGUAAAAUAUUUCAAUAAAGUUGAUGGAGCUAGUGGUAGUGAUCGUGGUGGUUGUGAUGAACGUAAAAUGACCAAUGAUAUCGAUCGAAAAUGCAUCGAUGAAAUCAUAGGAGAUAAUGAAGAAAUCAAAGAAAAAGAGAAAAAUAAAUUAGGUUUUGAUCUUAAUAUGAAGCCUUAUGAUCCCCAUGAAGAGGAUACUUGAAGUUGAUUUUUUUUUGUUUUCGUGAAAUAAUUUAUCUUUUAUUCGAAGUUUACUGGUCCGACUAUGUACUUUGGACUUGCUUAAGAGGGAAGCGGCUCGUGAUAUCUAAUUACGAGUGGAGAUAGUAUUGGUAGAGGUAAGAUUUUCAUCAAGACGAUUCAUCAGCUAUUAUAUAUAUAUAAAAAGAAAAUUGAUCGACCUUUCCUAUAUAUAUAUAUAUAUAGCUCUCUUAGUGAAUAAAAGGAUUUCAUCCAUUUCAUGAUGAUUUGUGUAAAUUAAUUGAUUAUUGAUAUUUUUUUUUGGUUCAAACCACCCGGUAUUCGGUAUCCGCUUUAGGAGUUCGGCUAUAUUCAGAGUCGCCUUAUGUCGGGCCCCAUUUGAGGGGGAGAGCUCCCAAUAGAGUGUUUAUCCAUAUCCAGGGUCAAACCCUCGAUCUCUGGGUUGGUUGGGGCAGCCCCUUUCCGCUGCACCACACUGCUGUUGGUAAUUGAUUAUUGAUAUCAAAGUUGUUGUAAUGAAUGAAUAUCAAGCAGAUAACUAGUUCAAUGAAAUGUUCAGAUAGUUUGCUAUGGGGAUAUAUUGUAAUUUUGUUGUUAUAUAUAUCAAGUAGUAGUAUUGUAACUUUGUUUUAAUUUCAGAUUUGUAUGAGAAUUGUAUUGGAUGACCAAAUGAUGUUGUUAA